AUGCCAGCCUUCUCCCGAGGCGGCUUCAACAACCCAAUGACGUUCCGCCUCCCCUCCUCCCUCCGCGCCGCCCUCUUCGGAGCACGAGACACCAUCUUCACACCCACUCCCACCCGCCUCACCACAACCCGCACCUCCACCACAACCCUUCGCCGGUACGCCAUAACGGUCAAGCCCAGCGUCCAACCUGUGCGCUCCACCUUCCUCUCCAACGACCCUGUCCUCCGCCAAGUUACGCAAACCCGACAACCUGUGCUCCUCUACCGCGCCCCGCAAAACAAAUGGUACUACACCAAAGUCUAUGGCACUGGGUUACUCUGGAUCGGCGUAGGCGCCUUCUCCAUCAAAUUCAACGAUGACAUCAAAGACACGGGCCUCCCCUUCUUCGUGCGUCCAACCUACGUCGUCGUCGGCGCCGCUUUCAUCGCAAUAGGCUGUUACAUCUGCACCGCACCUACCAACCGUAUACGCUUACUUGAAGUUGUUCCUGGUCUCCAGGGCGGUGGUCCCGUGCAGUUGCGUAUGGCGGCUAAAGCCGCCCCGUGGUCUACGGAACGUGUCAUCUACUCUAACAUUGGCGGUGCGACGAUUAGCGAGAAGACGGAGCCGAUGGUGAGGGAGCUGCUAGAGGCAGAGCGGUUUCGACGGCAGCAAGUGUGGGAGGAUUUGGAGGGAUAUGGUGUUUUGGGCAGGGUGUGGGAGGGAUCAGCCAGGUGGGUGCAUCAGAAGUGGACGAAUUUCUUUUUGAGGUUCAAGUUUGCGGUUUUGCGGUUUGGGAUUGCCAAGGUGAAGGUACAGGGGGAUGAGUGGAAGAUUGAUUGUUCUGGGUGGUUGUUGGAGGAUGGGAAAGCUCUUGAUCGACUCAUUGCUGAGGAUUAAGUUGGAUGGCAAGACUAUCGUGAAUUCCAUGGCUGGGGAAGUAUACUAGCUUAUACCGGCGGAGACGAUCAUCCAUGUGUAUAACAUGUGUAUAUAUGUACAAAAGUUUCCACAAGACCCCAAUACCACAAUUACAGCGUCAUGCA